AUGGGCAACAUAGAGCCUACCUUGGGGGUUCCCACCCCAUAUGGAUGUAUUGGCUGUAAGCUGCCACAGCCAGACUACCCACCAGCUCUAAUCACCUUUAUGUUCUGCGCAAUGAUUAGCAACAUCGUGGCAGACCUGAUCGGUAACUCCAUGGUCAUUUUGGCUGUGAUGAAGAACAAGAGGCUCCGAAAUUCUGGUAACAUGUUUGUGGUCAGCCUCUCCGUGGCUGAUAUGCUGGCGGCUGUCUACCCCUACCCCCUGAUGCUGCAUGCCAUGUCCGUUGGGGGCUGGGAUCUAAGCCACAUUCAGUGCCAGAUGGUCGGGUUCAUCACAGGGCUGAGUGUGGUCGGCUCCAUCUUCAAUAUCAUGGCGAUCGCCAUCAACCGUUACUGCUACAUCUGCCACAGCCUGAAGUAUGAGCGGAUCUUCAGUGUGCGCAAUACCUUCAUUUACCUGGUCGUCACCUGGGUCAUGACCGUCCUGGCUGUCCUUCCCAACAUGUACAUUGGCACCAUCCAGUAUGAUCCUCGCACUUACACCUGCAUUUUCAACUAUAUGAACAACGUUGUCUUCACUGUGACCAUCGUCUGCAUCCACUUCGUCGUCCCUCUCGUCAUAGUGGGUUACUGCUACGUGAGGAUCUGGAUCAAAGUGCUGGCAGCCCGUAACUCAGAUAGGCAGAAUCCUGACAAUCAGCUUGCUAAGGUUCGCAAUUUUCUAACUAUGUUUCUGAUCUCCCUCCUCUUUGCAGUGUGCUGGUGCCCCAUCAAUGUGCUCACUGUCUUGGUGGCUGUCAGUCCGAAGGAGAUGGCAGGCAAGAUCCCCAACUGGCUUUAUCUUGCAGCCUACUUCAUAGCCUACUUCAACAGCUGCCUCAACGCUGUGAUCUACGGGCUCCUCAAUGAGAAUUUCCGACGAGAAUACUGGACCAUCUUCCAUGCUAUGUGGCAUCCUAUCCUGUUCAUCUCCAGCCUCAUCACUGAUAUUUGUGAGACACAGGAGGCCCGUGCCCUGGCCCGCGCCCGUGCCCGUGUCCGUGCCCAAGCCCGUGAGCAAGACCGUGCCCGUGCCUGUCCUGCUGUGGAGGAAACCCCAAUGAAUGUCCGGAAUGUUCCACUACCUGGUGAUGCUACAGCUGGACACCCCGAACGUGCCUCUGGCCACCCCAACCCCCAUUCCAGAUCUGUGUCUAUCUACCGCAAAUCUGCUUCUAGCCACCACAAGUCUGUCUUUAGCCAUUCCCAGGCUGCCUCUGGCCACUCCAAGGCUGCCUCUGGCUACCCCACGUCUGCCACUGUCUACCCUAAGCACACCUCUGUCCACUUCAAGGCUGACUCUGUCUAUUUCAAGCCAGCCUCUGUCCAUUUCAAGGGUGACUCUGUCCAUUUCAAGCCUGCUUCCAGCCACUCCAAGCCUGUCACUGGUCACCACAUCUCUGCUGGCAUCCACUCCAAGUCUGCCUUCACCCCUGCCACCAGUCACCCUAAGCCCACGACCAGCCACAGAAAACCUGCUACUGGCCACCCCGAGCACACCACUGCUGACUAUUUUGAGCCUGCCACUGCUGGCCACCCUGAGCCCACCACUGCCGGCCACCCCAAGCUCUCUGCCUCCUGCUGCCCCGAGAUGGCCACCACUAGCCACCUUGAGUCUGAUGUCACUGACCUCCCUAAGCCUGCUGCCACCACUGACCUUCCUGACCCUACUGUAGUCACCAUUGCCACCAGUGAUUACCACGAGAUUAUGUUUAUUGAUGUUGAAGAUGAUUCAGAUGAGAUGUCUGUGUGA